CCGAGAUGGAGAUUUAUUUUUUGCAUAAAGUAGUUUAUAAUUUUCAGGUCUUGAUCUAUUAACUUGAUAGACCAUUCAAAGGAAUUAUAGCAUAUAUUCAUUAAAAAGAGAAAUGGACACAGGACAAGUAGGGUAUCGUAUACAGAGAGAGGUUAUAGAUGAAGAUAGGCUGAAGGAGUUAUCUCAGAGACUGGACUACUCCCAAUCCAAUAUUCCCAUCCACCAUCGACUAAAAAAAUCCCUCAGUUGUUCUGUACCCAGACUGAAACGUGGCAUAGUUGGUUUUUUGCCCAUUUUGUCGUGGUUGCCACGCUAUUCCAUCUGGGAUUAUGGCAUGCCCGACCUCAUCUCUGGCAUCAGUGUGGGCAUCAUGCACCUUCCACAAGGAAUGGCCUAUGCAUUGCUGGCUUCUUUGCCUCCAGUGUUUGGACUUUACACAUCCCUCUAUCCACCAUUAAUAUAUUUAAUUUUGGGAACUUCAAGACACAAUUCCAUAGGCACGUUUACCAUCCUCAGUAUUAUGAUUGGUAGUGUGACAGAGAGACUCGCCCCUGAUGCAAAUUUCCUUGUUUUUAAUGGCACAAAUGUGACUGAAGAGGUGGAUAUUGUAUCUAGAGAUCUAUAUAGAGUACAGGUGGCAGCGGCCACCACUGUGCUUGGAGGUCUUAUUCAGGUUGUAUUAGGGUUGGUGCAGUUUGGCUUUGUGGCCACGUAUCUUUCAGAGCCGCUGGUCAGAGGUUAUACCACGGCAGCCUCUGUUCAUGCUGUAGUAGCCCAGUUAAAGUACAUCGUCGGUGUCUCGCCCAAACGCUUCAAUGGACCUCUGUCUGUAAUCUAUACUUUAGCAGACUUGUUUGCACUGUUGCCGGAGACUCAUCUUCCAACUGUGCUGGUCAGUGUUGUGUCCAUUGUGGUUCUUAUCUUGGCAAAGGAGCUUAACAAUGCACUCAGACAAAAACUCCUGGUGCCUAUUCCAGUGGAGCUCUGUACUAUUGUAGUGGCGACUGUUAUUUCAUUCUAUACCCGGUUUGGUGCCAGCUAUAAGAUAUCAGUCGUUGGGGAGAUCCCAAGCGGACUUCAGCCUCCUACAGUUCCAAAUGUCAGCGUCUUUUCCGAGGUGGUGGUGGAUGCUUUUGCCCUGGCCAUUGUGGGCUAUGCAAUUUCAAUUUCUUUAGGCAAAACAUUCGCUCUCAAACAUGGUUACAAAGUAGAGAGCAACCAGGAGCUGGUGGCUUUGGGUCUCAGUAAUACGGUUGGAGGUUUUUUUCAAUGCUUCUCAGUUUGCUCCUCCAUGUCCCGCAGUCUCAUACAGGAAAGCACAGGUGGCAAGACACAGAUUGCAGGAGUUGUGUCUGGUGUGAUAGUGCUGGUGACGAUUCUAAAGUUAGGCUCACUUUUUCAAGAGCUGCCUAAGGCAGUUCUUUCUGCCAUCGUCUUCGUGAAUCUGAAGGGGAUGUUCAAGCAGUACUAUGAUAUAGUUACUCUGUGGCGCAGUAGCAAGAUUGAUCUGUUGAUAUGGUUGGUGACCUUUGUGUCUACUGUGCUCUUUAAUUUGGAUAUGGGUCUGGGAGCCUCCAUGAUGUUCGCUCUACUCACAGUUAUCUUCAGGACUCAAAGCCCUACUUACUCACUGCUAGGACAUCUUCCUGGUACUGAGCUUUAUCUAGACAUAGAAACACACAAGGAGGUGACGGAUGUACCUGGUAUAACCAUAUUUCGGUCAUCUGCCACCAUGUAUUUUGCGAAUGCUGAACUUUAUCUCGAGGCCCUUAAAAAAAAGAGCGGUCUGGACAUUGGAAAAAUGCUCACCUAUAAACGCAGACAAGAGGCCAAGCAGAGACGUCGAGAGAGGAGAGCAGAGAGAAGAGCACAAAGGGAGGCCAAAAGACAGAAAAGAGCUCUCAGGGCAGCCUCUCAGCGAUCCAGAAAUGUUGUCUUUUCAGUGGAAGAAGUGGCAGGACAGUUGAUGGAAAUAGAUGGAGACACCCUGAGAGAAGAAGAGCUUGGAUGGAAAGAACGAAAAAACAGUACAGUGUUUGUAAUGCCAGAGACAUCUGAGGGCCAUCACACAUGGGUGUAUCUUAGGGGCACUGACCCUGACACCACCACCCUGGGGUCGUCGUUUGAUCUACAGGAUGGGGACACCACCACAUUGGACUCCAGCAGUGAGGACACUCUAAGCAGGGACUUGGAAAGAGUUUCUCUGGGAUCCCUGGGGAAGUGGACCUGGGAUAUACACUCCAUCAUCUUAGAUUUCUCUACUGCUAAUUUUAUUGAUACAGUGGGCAUUAAAACGCUGAGGAAUAUAUUUCAAGAUUUUGGAGAGAUAGAUGUGUAUAUCUACUUAGCAGGCUGUCAAGAACUGGUGGUGGAGCAGCUUGAGCGUGGCGGCUUCUUUUCUGAUGUCAUCACUAAAGGACAUGUGUUUGCUACUGUACAUGAUGCAGUUCUGUACUGUCUCAAACAUCAUGGAGCAAUGACCAUCCACAGCUAUGAGAUUGCUUUGGAGAUGAGCGGUACCCAUCUAUGAAAGUAAAUGUCUGGUUUCUUGUCUUCAUGGUCUUAUUCAAGCUUUAAACUUCAGCUAUAAGUUAUUUGAUAGCACCAUUUGGUUUGAGUUGGUGGUAAUAAGUGAUUAUUAGGUAUGACUGUUACUUGUAUGGUAUGCCAAUUUGGUGAAUUGUUUUUAAAAUGUAUUUGUGCAUUUCUUGUUACUAGGAAGGAAAUAUUUGAAAUGUAAUUGGAAUCUAUCAUAGUUUUGUGAAUGAUCAAAAAAAUAUGCUAAUGUAUAAUUUUUUACUUUAAACAACUAAGACAAUAAAGUAUAAAUUGAUUG